UUUAGUUUUUUGUUUUUUAUUCAGCUAUUCAGUCAUCAAAUCGAAACAGCUCAGAACUUUUAAUCUUUAUAGUAAAUUUUUGUUUUGUCAAAUUCAAUGCACAACAGCUGAAGGGUCGGUACGAUUAACAUUUGCUAUUGAACAAGAUGACAAAAACACAGAUAUUGAAUGGGUAGCUUGUGGUACAAAUAUCGUUCAACCCUAUAGAGUUUUCGUUAGUAUUUGUAAAAAGGAUGAUUGAUAAUUACUUGCUCAACAAUGUAUUGUACAACAACAUCCUUUCUAAAGAAGGAUUAGAACUGAUUACUCGCGGACGACUCGACCUAAGUAGGGUGACACCUUCGUUUGUGGAAAGGAAGGCCAUUGGAUUGAUAUAAUUGAGACAGCCACACACGAACAUCAAAAGCUCUGAGGAAGACAGAUUCUUGACAACAUUUAACACUACUGACACAUUGGCUUGUUUUUCUUAAGCCCGGAGGGAAUUCCUUAACACUUUAACGGGCCGUGAGAACUAGGCAUGUAAUCAAAGUAAACUACAAUACAACGGAAUGUUUACAUGCUAAAGUGUACAAAACAUUUUUUUUUUCAAUACGCAAAACAAUCAAAAACAUUGAAAAAAUUGGUGGCAAUAUAGUUGCCACUUCUAGUGAAGCUAGUGAACCAUUUCACGAGCCUAAGGAAAGAAUCAAACAAAAAAUAUGUAACGCUUUUGAGGGGGAGGGGGAGGGAGGUUUUUCGAACCAUGACGAUUCAUACAAAUCAAAAUAAGGUUUUACAUAAAAAGUGUGACAAGGGGGUGGGGGUUGAAAAUUUGACUUUUUUGCGUGACGUAAUUUGUGUUUCAUCCAAUUAUUAGUUGUGAUAAUGCGUACAAUAAAUAUUAAGUUUCAUACAAAAUGCGUGACAAGCAGGGGAUGAUUGUUGAUAAUAUACGUGACAUACUUUAUGUAACACAAACUACACUUAAGGGUUUAUCUAUAGAUAAGGUAACGCUAAAGGGAAGGCAUUUAAUAUAGAAAAAAAAGUCGAGGGGUUGUAUCCGAGACGAGACGCUUAGGACGUAGGACUACGCAAUCUUUUUUUGAUUCGUUGGUUUAUCAUUCCGGAUAUUAUUUGCGAAUAUGUCGAAAUUCCAUAUAUAACUUUUUAGUAAAAAGUUCCGGGGACGCUGAAAAGUUUUAAUGGCUUGCGUGGUUUUGUAGAAUCAUUUCGAGAAGCAACGAUUCUUCCUUGCCUUUGCGAGAACAAUACACUAAUUUAAAGUGACCAGAUGGUCAGAGGUCUAACGCGGGACACAAAAAAACAAACGUUAUGUAUAUACGUUAUGUGAACAUAAACCAUAGUUUAGCGAGUCUAAACUGAUCAGUAUUAUUUCUUUCUGAGUAUCGGCACUCAGUUGUGAUUUUUCGGUGGUUUACGCCCGAAAAUCACUCGCUCAAUCGAAGCAUUUACGCCUGGCAAACACGAUGCAAAUUCUACAAUUUUCUUCAAAUUAUCGAAUGGAAUGCUCGAAAAUUCCAAUUCAUUUUUCAUCGAUUUUAGUGUUAACGUAUGCAAAAACGUAUUCAAAAAAAUGGACUAAUUUCGGAUGGCGAUGAAAGAUAAUUCAUAGGAACAAAUUUUCUUUGAAUCUUACGUUCAUUAAGUCUACAACAAAAAUUAUUCAAGGCUGUUGAUUCGUAGCAGCAGCAGCACUUUCAAGCAAUUUGAUGAUUUUUCCAUACUGCAAGCUCCACCCCACAGCGAAGGAGUUGGACAUCCUGAGACACUUUGUGUCCGCCAGAUAUAGCCGAUCUGGUAUUUACAAUAUCAUCUCUUUGCCGCUCCUUAAGCCGGAAGAUCCAAGCAACCGGCCAAACGGUGGAGAAGAAUUUGGCCAAAAUGGACAUUUUUAUGCGGAAGCGUCAGACGAGACCGGCCGUAUCUGAGCAGCAGUCAAUCACCCAGAAGGAGUAGCUUGAGGUGUUGGUGAAAAACUUCUUUACGCACUCAUAAUGAAAGACGAGACGUACUUGAUGCUAGAAUUCAACGAAUGGCAGGAGACCGGGUACUUUACGUUCCCCAGGUAAGCGAUGACAUCGAAUAUAUCAUUCACAUCAAGUUCUCGAAGAAGGUCCUUCUCCGACAGACGUGAAGGGAAUGUCCAAGCCGCUCUUCUUUCGAGUCAUAUGGUGAACGGGGAGAUAUAUAGUACGAAGUGCUUGCCGGAUUUGGGAAGGUGAUGUGGUCUUCAUGCCGAACCUGGGAUCAGCCCAUUAUGCCAAAAGAUCACUGGAGGAUGGAUCGGCUGGAGAUAAACAUUGUGGCGAAGACCACCAAUCUUCCCAACAUUCCCCGGCUGCGUCCGAUAGAAAACUUUUGGACGAAUGGCCAAAAUAGAGAGACAGACGACCACCAAAGCCACGAAAAGGUCGCUGAUAUACAUCUUUUCAUCGGCCAUGGUUCAGGUUCCGGCCAACUUCCGUAAGACCGCCCAGCGCUUCAUUUACGAUACUUCAUCAAACAACUCUGCCUCUUCCUGUCGAGAAUACACUAGUUCUUCCGGCUUAUUUAAAACGUUAAGCCCUGACCGAGCUAGGGGACCAAAGAUGAACUUUUCGUCUGACUCACGUUGGUCCCUGCGGAUCAAUAGGGGACUUUUAUAAAAAUCGUUUUCGAAUUUUGUUGCUGUUGCUUCCAGUCCACUCUCUAAACAAAGAGCCCAAUGUCGGUGCGAUGAAACCAGCUCAACGUAUUAAUCUUUGGAUGCAAGCGCUCUUGAACAGUCUGCCAAAUAAAAGUUUUUUUGAGGUCCAUCCAUUGAGGAAAUCAACAUGAUCAAAUUGUGAUAUUGAAAUACAUUGAUAUCGCGGGACAUUUUCAUUUCUUUUGCCAAAUGCGGGACAUUUCGCGAGACGGAAUCUUACGCGGGACGUCUGGUCAGUUUACACUAAUUGGUCAUAUGUCGUUUGUUUUAUAAAUCAAUGCACGCAUUGCACUGAGUAUUAAACGAGAGACAUCUUCCGUGCAUCGCCAUUCAACAAGCAUAAAACAUGCGUCUAACAGAUGCACACAGUUGCAGCGAUAAAAAUGAAACAUUGAAACACACUUCAUGUGAAAUAUUCGCUAGCGUUCACAACUUGAGGUGAAACAUAAAACACAAAACGAGCAAAAUAAGCGACCUUUGUUGUUUCAGGCACAGAAAGAUUCUGAGAAUUUUCCUCAGAGGAGAUGCAAUAUAUACUAGGGUGGCAAUGAAUGUAUGGAAAAAAAAAUCAUUAUUCAAUUUCAAAAACCGACCAUGUACAUUUUGUGUAUUGGCCCAAAAAAAAUAUCUAGGCAAAGCAUAAACUUCAACGAUGAAGAACUGAUAGCGGUGAAGGAAUUGGUUGAUGCCUUCGAAUCAGUUCUGGUCGAUGUUGAACUGCUAUGCCGGAAGAACUGCACCCUGCAAGCUGAUGUAGAAUAGCAAUUUAUUCUAGAACAGCUAUCGGAGCCACCAUCAGAGAAACGUUUGGUAUGUGCAGAUCUGUUCGCGUAUAUUAAUACUCAUUCUCAUGGUCAUGACAAAACUUGACUAAUGACUUCGGCAUUUUCUAUCAAACGUCACGGACUGCAUUGAUCAAGCAGGAAUUCGAAAUUGUUCGUAACAUGAUGAAUUUGACGAUUAUGGUAUUGAUUCGGUAGCUGGACAACAGGAGGAAAAAAAAUCCACUGGACAAUGCAGAACUUGCAGAACAGUUGAGCAGCAAGGAAAAACUUGAACGACGAUUGCAGCUAUCGAAUCUAUUAAUAUCUAGCCCAAGCUCAACGUAAACGGAUUGGUGAAAACCCUCAGACAAAAGGUUUCGUAGAGAAUGCAUCAGAGGUAAAUACAUGUCAAUGGUAUUUCUCCGAGUUCCUAUCUAGAUUAGAAGACGACAAAAUUAGCAUUAGGCUUGCAAACGAACAUUAUCAAAAUUGUUCAUGUUGGGUUGCUGAGGCCAAUCAGCUUUUUUCCAGACAUUUUCUUCAUCGUCUGAUCGGUCCAUCUCAGAAUAAUCAUCAUCCGAUUGAUCGUCGUGCGAUAUGUCUUUCUCUAUGUUACAUUUUUCGGAUGCAGCUUCAGUAGUUAGCUUCCCUAAUAAAUAAGUACCAAAUUAAAUGGUUUACUUCAAACAUUUUUUAUAGAAGUAGCCUGAUAACCCGAGAAACCUAUUUUUUUUAAUGCGGGCUGAAUAAUAGAUUUUUUUUAAAAUACUUACGGUUCUGGAGUUCCGAAGAAGACGGUUGUGGUUCAUUUAUCGAAGCAGUUUGUUCCAUCCCAACGUCUUUAGCAUGAUCAUUUUCUCUUUGCGAAUGCUUCUUGAGGAAAACUGGAAGCGAUUUGCGGCUUUUCAGUGCUUUAGGAUCAGCUUCCAGGUCGUUCUCAGACAUCUCGAGAUUAUGGGACAGUCCAAAAGUCUCCUCUAAUUCUCUGUUAUCGUCCGGUUCUGUAUGUGACAUUAAAAGUAACAGAAUUAGAAAACAAUUUAAAUUUUCCAUCGCAGAAAUUAGCAUUUAAAAACUUACGGUUACGGAGACCAGAGACACACAAUUCUGAGUUUUUUUCGGAUGUAUUCCGUUCAGUUUCACUGUCCUUAUCAUAGUCAUUAGAAUCGUCACUUGUCACAAGAAUAUCGAUUAUGGAUAAAUCCGGAUUGCUGCUGGCAAACGAUUCCGCAUCUGUUUCAAAACCAUCCUCAGAAACAUCAGGAGAAAAUCCACAAAUUUCCUCCAAGUCUUUUUCAAGGUCGUCAUCUGAUUCAUUUUCACUCGACAUAGCUUCAGUUGAAAAGUGUAACCGAAAGUUAUAUCGUAAUGGAAAAAAUGGUCCACCACAGAGUACCGUUAUUUUCCAUUACGUGAUCACAGCAGGUCACACAUAUUGGAAUGGUGUACUAAAACUUACCCAUUUGAUAGUUAGAAAUGUAUUCAAAAUGGGUUGCUGGUAUCUCGAGAAUUGUGAAUUGUUUCUACGAAUUAUCAGUUUUAUGUUUACUCCACUGAAAGAUAAACGAAAACAAAAACACUGAAAAAACAACAUGUUUACACGCUAAAAUACACAAACAAUAAUUUUCAAUACGCAAAAUAGUUUAAAACAUUGAAAAAGUUGGUGGCAAUAUAGUUGCUACCUGCCAGUCUAGCGGAAUUUUUUAUGUUAGUUUUAACAAAAACAACUAAUAAAACUCAUCAGACUCAACAGGUCCUAAACAUUUCAUAUGAAUUGAAAACUUCAACAAAAUGACUGUUUUCUAUGAAUUUACGGGGAAUUUACUCUUGCUGCUCUAAAUUGGAAGUUAUUAACACGAAAAUGGCUCCAAAAAGAAAAGUUUUUAAUUUUUUCGCGCUAAAAAAAAUCAGGCAUGUUGCUAGGCAUCAGAACAAGACCCCACAUAAGACUAGGAGUGAUAAUUUAUUGUUAAAGAAGAGAAAAAAAUAAAGUCAAAGUCAAAAGUCUUUAAAAUGUUUCUACGCAUCUAUAAAAAUUAAUAAAAUGUCAUUUUUCCUGAGAUAAGCAAUGCCCUAACUGCCUCGAUUUGAUUGGCCAAUUUACGGUUUACCCAACACAGUCAUCAGAACCAAGGUGCUUCACAUUACAUGGCGUUUGUUCAAAUUCUUUACUUACACAGCAAAUAUGUUGAAUUCAAUAGAAUUCGAAAAUUGCUUCUACAAACAAAUGAUUACUAAGCCAAUGGUAGUCCCACGUCAACCUUGCGGUUAUAUCAUAGAGAAUAUACUUGGUAUUUCGUUACUAUCCUACAGAAGAUUAUGCUGCUGAUAAAAAUCACAUAUUGAAGUGACAGCAAUAUUAUGUCCGACAUAACCUUGAACCUUGAAACCUACCUUGAAAAUCCUUGAAAAUCAGGGAAUAUCAGGGAAUUCAAAUAUGGUCAGGGAAAAUCAGGGAAAAUCAGGGAAUUUUACCACAAUCAGGGAAAAAUGAAAUUCGUUGGAUAUAAAAUAUAAAAGUUUUUAGCCUUCCAGGUUUUAUGUGUACAUUUACUUCAGUGUAUGUUGUUUGUUUUUGUCUGUGAAAAUGGCGCGAAAGUAGAAGUCUUUUACUUUCGUGCAGUUUUUGCCAACUCCGUGUUAAGCCGUUAUUUAUCAGAUACCAUCAUCUCGAGCACCAGUUUGACAAUUGUUGAAUGCAACUGACAGCUGAUAUAUUUGCGCUUUCCGAGCACAGCCAGUAAGAUAGGCGAUGUCACGGGGCUGUUUUUUCGACCAUUUGAAAGAUGUGUUUGCGUAAGAAGAAAUAGAACUGCAAGAAUUUAAGUUUGAAUUUCGUUCAACGGAAGCGACUGUUGGUGCUCGUAGGCAGAAACAGAACUGCAAAAAUUUAAGUUUGAAUUUCAUUUAAUGGAAGUGAUUGUUGAUGCUCGCUUUGUGUUAAAGUUGAGGUGGGUGAGCCAAUUUUAUAAUCGGUGAAUACAGUAAAAUAAUUUAUUCAUUAUUUUAGCAGAGAGGUACGAUAAAAUCAUAAGGUUGUCUGGCAUUCUUCCCCGACUAUCAACUGAAGCGAAGGUGUAGUGUACUGACAAUUUACAGUGACCUUUUUUACUGAUAAUUAUUAUCUUUAUCAUAGGAAAUCCAGUAGAACUUAGUUCGAAAUGGCAAGCAAAACCACGUUCCAAGGCGUUUGGUUGCAUGACCCGGAGUUUUCAUCAUGGUUGAAACGAAUUGACACUAAGCUAGGAUGCGCAUACUGUUCUGUAUGUUCCUGUGAAAUAGUUCUCAGCAACAUGGGCAAACAGGCUCUCAAAAGUCAUAUGAAAUCAAAGAAGCAUAGUCAACGAACCACAGCCGGAAAUAUUUUCAAAUAUCUAAUGAGUGAUUCACACCAAACGUUCGAACCAGGCACUUCCAAGAAUAUCGGAUUCAGUUGUGCUAGAAAUGAUCAUCCACCUGUGGAAUCAGUACCUACUGUUGCGAUUCCUUCAGUUUCCUCUGCGAGCAUUCUACCUCCUUCGAAAACUAUCGAUAAAUUCAUGCUGAAAAACGAUACCAUCAAAGCUGAGAUCCUGUGGUGUUUGGAAACAGUUAUGUGUCACAAAUCACUCCGCACAGCUGAAAAGGACAUGGUAGUAUUGAGAACAAUGUUUCAUGAUAGCCAGAUUGCUGAGAAGGUUCAACUAGGCCGUGAUAAAAUGAGCUACAUGAUGCUGUUUGGCAUUGCCCCCUAUUAUAAAUCUGAGCUCGAUAAAACUCUGCAUAAUACAAACUGCAUUGUCGUUGGUUUUGACGAGUCCUUAAAUAAGACUACAAAAAAGCAGCAAAUGGAUCUAAAUGUCAGAUUUUGGGAUGAAGAAAAGAAGGAGGUGGUAACUCGUUACAUGACCUCAAUGUUCUUGGGACGAUCUCGAGCAACAGAUUUACAUGCAGCUUUUAAAGAAGGCCUGGGAAAUAUCCCUUUAAACAAGCUUCUUCAGGUGUCGAUGGAUGGUCCCAACGUGAAUUGGUCAUUUUUACGCGAGCUGAAAAUGGACUUUGAACAUGGAGAAGAAAGGCUCUUGGAUUUAGGUAGCUGCGGAUUGCAUAUUUUGCACGGUGCAUUCAAGGAAGGUGUUCGCUGCUCUGGAUGGAAUGUUACGAAGUACCUGCGAGGCAUCUAUCACAUCUUCAAAGAUGUUCCAGCACGACGCGCUUUAUUCACAUCGUAUUCGGGAAGUGCUGUGUAUCCACUGAAGUUUUGCGCUCACAGAUGGUUGGAAAACAUUAACGUAGCACAAAGAGCUGUGGAGAUUACUCCUCAUAUAAGGAAGUUCGUUGAGGGUGUUCAGAAUGACAAAAUUGAACCAAAAUCAGAUUCGUACGUCGAUGUAGUUGAGUGUCUAAAAGAUCCUCUACUGUUGGCUAAGUUGACCUUUUUCAAAUCCGUUGCCGCUGAAGUAGAACCAUUUUUGCGCGAGUUCCAAACGGAUAAUCCCAUGGUGCCAUUUUUGUAUAACAAUUUGAGUCAAAUGGCUAGAAGUAUAUUGGGAAGAUUCAUGCAGAUCGAUCAGCUAAAGAACAUCACUCAGGUAACAAUAGAAGAGAUCAAUGAAGCCAAGAAUCAUUUACCAAUGAAAGAGAUUGUAUUGGGUUUUGAAACAAGAAAAGUUUUAAAAAACUCGUCAAAAUUGACCCAAAAACAAAUUCUGCAAUUUCGUCUGGAAUGCAAAGGAUUUUUGAAAGCACUGAUUCUAAAGCUUAUGAAGCGAUCGCCAUUGACGUAUCCUGUGACGAAAGCCGCAUCCUCUCUUGACCCUUCAGUCAUUGAUUCCGAUCAAAAAUUGGCUGGAAAACGAUUCGAAAAGCUUUUAACUAUAUUGAUGGAUUUUGGUCGUAUCAGUGGAGCUUCAGCAGACUUGGCACUGAAACAAUAUUUAAAAUUAGUUGGUAGCAACAAAAGCAACAAGUUUGCCUACUAUGAUCGGAAAAAUGAACGACUGGACCAUUUCUGGAAGGGAUUGCUAUCGGGGGAUGAGUUUAUGGAACUUUUUACCAUCGUAAAAAUGAUCUGCUGUCUCUCGCAUGGAAACGCCAACCUUGAGAGGGGCUUUUCCAUUAACGCUGAAUGUCUUUUUGAAAACAUGCGUGAGGAAUCGGUUGUUGCUAAGCGACAAAUUUAUGACGCUGUAUUUCACGCUGGAGAGAUAGCAUCAAUACAAAUUUCGAACCAGCUAAUUCAACGAGUUCGAAAUUCUCACUCCCUUUAUAUAGAAGACAAGGAACGCCGUAAGAAAGAAGAUCUUGCGUCAAAUGCGUCAAAGAUGAUGAAACGUCAACGAGAAGCAGAAGCGAAAUCUUUAGAGAUCAAACGGAGUAAAAUUUUGGAAAACGCACAGAAGGAAGCCGAAAGUUUGCAAGAAAAAAUCGCUUUGUUGAAAUCAACUGUUUUGUAAAACUCAUCCGAAUCAAAAUAAAUAAAAUUUUCUGCUGUAUUAGUAUUUAAGCAUCUUUCAUGAACUGCAUGAAUAAAUCAUGUUCUAUCUUUUACGCCGUUUCUCAGUCUUUGUAUAAUUCAAACAAAAAAAUACAAAAAACUCAUUUAUUGGAUUAUAUUCGCUCAUAAAUUUACUUGUUCUAGCCUUCAUAGAUACUUACUAGCUGUUAAAAAACAGAACUAAAAUAAAAAUUUUGAUCACUAGUCUAUAUCUGGAAUUUUUCUGGAAAAGUACUGGAAAAUCAGGGAAUAUCAGGGAAUUUUUUUUCGGAAUUUGAGUCGACACCCUGUGUCGACAUGUACGUCAAUAUUGAAACUGAACGAUUGAAUCACCAGAAACUGGGAUCAGAAGAUUAUAUCCAAAUGCGGGAUGCACCCGUAGCCGAGUGGUUAGCGUCUCACAUUAUCAUGCCGGGUUCAGGUUCGAUUCCCGUUCUGGCCGGGGAAUUUUUCGUCAAAGAAAUUUCCUUCGACUUGCACUGUAGUCACGCGUAUUCUAGAUCUUGCCCCUCGGAAUACAUGCAAGGCGUGUUAUUUGGCUUAAGAAAUCUCAACCAAGUAUUAAUAAAUGACUCUAGUUGAUGCAUACGUUGAUACGGUAAAAGUUCCUCAGGGAACGUGAAAUAUCAUCUUCUUGAAUGGCUGCUAUCAAUAUAGAUGGACACGUGAACAAUGCUGGUAGUUUGACGAUUCUCCCUGCAACUUAUGUUGGAAGUCUGCGGCAUAUACAUGAAUAUGCUCAAGACGUCAUGACAUGUUCGCCAUUACGGGCGACCCGAUUUAUUCAGGAAUUCACCAUGUAGGGGAAUGGGGGGUAUGCCCGACCCCCUAAGGAAAAGUAUUGUUUUGUGAGAUCUGCGGGCACAUAUUGAUAUGUUUCCUCCACAGAAUCAUUGUCUAGUUUAUUUUCCAUGAGAUAUAAGGAAUAUCAGUACAUUUAAACGGUAAUUUUCUCAAGUAAUAGUCAAUUUAAAAAACUGCCAUAAAAAUUAAGCUCAACCAGUGCGGGUGAAACCGGCACCCCAUGGGGGUAACACCGGUACCCUAUGGGGUAAGACCGUCAUCUCAAUUUCUCAAUAUAUAUACUUGGCAACAGUUGAACCAGUUUGAAUGUGACAGUCGGCAAAUAGAAGGUAAUCUAAUUCUAAAUGUCGCUGUCGAGUAUGGUUCGAAUCGCUCAACCGAUUCCGGAGAUAUGGUCGGAACAAGUUCCGAUGAACAUGGAAUAUGGAGAAGAAAUCACCAAACCACACCACAAUUCAAUUACAAAUUUAAUGGAAUCUAGGACCACAUUGAACACUUACCGGUGGUCAGUUUUUCUUCUUACUUGAAUCAAUAUCCGUCAUACGACGCUUUUAAUCACACUAGGAUUCGCCUUGAAAUCACAGAGAAGAAUGAGUUCAUGACUGUAGGUAAUUUUUUUCAGGUUUUUGUGAUUAUGAUGGCAAUAAAACUAAUUAAAUUAUGUUUAGUUGUAAUUAGUUUAUUAUUUUCGUUAAGACCAUACAGCCAUUAUUUUUCGUUCAAUGAUGAAGUUCAUUUAAUUUAUCGAACAGCUUAAAUCCAACAUUAAAUUUACAUCGUGGAAGCACGUUUGAUAGAAACUCCACUAACAAUAGCCUCUUUUGCAAGGGUGAGAUUCUCCUGGGACCAACUCCCUCGAUUCGUUUUCCUUUGGUAGCUGCGAAGCAUUUGAAAUUGAUGGAAAAUAUGUCUUAGAAACCUUCAACUAAACGCAAACCAUGCCGGGAUCCCCCACUGAAAGGGUGGCGGACUUACCCCGAGAGCACACAUUUUUCAAGAAGACUAUUUCUAUUAACUUAUUGCUUUAACUUACCUCAACUCGAAUCCCAGUGAUUACUAACAAUCCAGGGGACAAACUGUAGAGCAGCGAAAAGAAUUUGAAACCGCGUUCAACAAUAAAAGCUUAAACUUCACUGACGGAAAAUUACAUUCGGCUACAUAUCAUCGGCACUCGCGUUUGUUUUGAUUUAUAUUUUGACAAUUGACGGAUCACGGUGGGUUCGAUGUGAUUGAAAACGUCUAAAAUAAUAAAUACUAACAUGUAGAGUAUUCAAAAACGUAGUUAAUCAGAGUUUUCUAGUAAAACUCAGGGGGUGCCGGUCUUAUCCUCAGUGGCGGGCUUACCCUCGCUUCCCCUAUGGUUGACGAAAAGUGUUCGAAACGAUAGUCCUGAGCAUUGUUGUCAGAGACGGUUACUGGGAAUGAUGGGUAUCCAUUGUAUGGGAAGGUCUACUGUGGACAACGUGAGAACAGCCACCGUUAAUGUAAAUAACGAGGAAAUCGGAGCUGAUAACCGUUGGAUUGUUUCGUACUCAACAUUGUUGUCAAAGACCUUUAGGGCGCAUGUUAACGUAGAAUAUUGCAACUCUGCCAAAUCUAUCAAAUACAUAUGCAAGUAUGUAAACAAAGGCAGUGACAUGGCGGUAUUUGCUGUUGGUGAAGAAAAUUCGAUUGAUAAAGUCACGUAGUACCAGAUGGGGCGCUAUACAAGCAGCAAUGGGGUGUUUUUGAACUUACACCCCGGUACAAAAAUAAAAGACGUAGUCCUACGUCAAUAUAGAUGUUGAAGAAUUGAGUUUCCUAAUUCAAAGCCAAAAUAAUGGGCAAUUGCAUUAAUACAAAUCGGUCGCUCCACGGACACGAGCCAAGAUGAUGUUUACUAUUCCAUCGAAUUUUUACAAUUCACUGAUGUUGUACAGAUUUUCGCUUCACAAUUUGCGGUUAAAAGUUGAAUCGGUAACUAUAAUGUUGAGUAACAUCAAUCAACCUCAACUUUGCAAUGGCAUCAGGCUCACAGUGAAAAAUCUUAUGAACAAUGUCAUUGAAGCGACGAUUUUAAAAGGAAAAUACAAAGGUGAUUCCGCGUAUUCCAAUGAUUCCCACAGACUUGCCGUUUGAUUUCAAACGUCUGCAAUUUCCAGUGCGUCUUGCAUUCGCAACGAUUGUCAAUGGAGCCCAAGGACAGUCAUUGGAAAUUUGUGACAUAAACCUAGAAUAUCCAUGCUUCUCGCAUGGACAGCUUUAUGUUGCUUGUUCACGUGUCAGAAAGCAAUCGGCAUUAUAUAUUUGAUCCUGCAGACAAAACAAAACACCAUAAAUCAUUACAAUAAUUUUCGUACAUCUGGAUUUAGAUUUGUUAUAAAUAAAAUAUUUUGCUUAGUUGUGAAUCACAUUUACUUUAAUUCUUUUGUGAAAAUAGAGCUUUAAAAAAGGUUUUUGGAAAUUAAGUGAAAUUAUAUCAAUUAAAUUAAACCUUGUGUUCCUUGAUUGUUGUGUUGCAAAGACUAUGAAUAAAUCAAAACUUAUUACAUAUUUUGAGCAUAUUCUUUCACCUUAUAAACGACUGUUCUCUCAGUUCAUAUGGAGUUCAUAUGGCAGUAUGAAAUAUGCCGGGUCAACUUGUAUAAAAAAAUAUUAAAAAUCAAUCAGCAAGACCAAACAACGUGCAUGUUGUGAUAACAUUUGCCACAAAUACAUACAUUGGAGGAAGAUUGAGACAUGAGACAGAAGAAGACGCGAAUAUAGUUCUGGUUUGGGUCUGGGCUUUGAGGGAUAAUUGAGUAGUACCAUCGUUAGCAACGGACUCUGUCGGACUAAAAAAAAAACCAUUGAAGACUAUUUGACAAAUCUGAUUAUAUUAAACCUUCGGGAUCUUAAGCACACAUUCGAGCAAUGAUUAUCACUCAUCUUGUCUAACAUUAAUAUACGUACACUAUUUUUGACGUCAACUAAUCGAAUUCCUUCCCAUUUUUGUUUCGACGCAAAUCUCGCAGAUCCCGC